GCACACAGAAAUGGUCGCCCUCUUCAAUGCCCAAGGAUGAGGUCAGAGCCUGUGAUCGAGGUAGAAUGGAAUUACUUGAAGUCCUGGAGAUCCGGGCCCAACAACUUCAGGCAGAUGAGGGCUUGCCACUGCUUGAAACUAGGAAUAAGAAACUGUCUGCCCAACAAGAGGAAGAAAAGCAAAUCCUGGAAACAGGUCAGCGCUGGAUACAAAAGCUACAUAGAGAUAAAACCAUUAGAAAUCCUAAGCAGAAGAAUAUAGAAAAAUUGCAAGCUAAGGUUCCUAUAGAGCCGAAGCGCGGCCAAUUACAGACGGAAUCAAUAAAAAAAACACAAAACACGGUUCAGAAAAAGACUCUCAAGACUGAUGAUCUAGCAGAGGAUAAUGAUGGAAACCAAUCUAGUUCUAUGCAACAGAACAUCCACUUGUUCUUGGAAACGUGCAUUUUCUUGGGACAUUUGGACAAGGCCAAGCAAUGCUUAUUCUUUUAUGCAGCACACCCAAAAAGAAAUCAUCUAAUUAAUGUAUCAAUGUUCAACUUGCUUAUGAAACAAUGGGCGAGAAAGGGCUUAUUGGUUGAAAUUGGCCUUUUUUUUACAAUGAUGGAAAAGUUUGGACUAAAACCAAAUCUUGGUUCGUAUGCUGCAGCAUUAGAAGCUUUUGGUCGCAAUGAAAAUAACAUAAAAGGCAUUAAAAGUUGCUUGAAUCAGAUGAAGAAGGAUGGAAUGUCACUUGAACAGCUUUUUGAGGACUUGACAUAUCGUGAAGAUGAAAAGCAGAUGGUGCUGAAUGCCAUCCAUCGGGUCAGGCCAGCCUUCAAGCCACCUUCUAGAGAUGAAAUCAUUAUAGAUCAUCCACUGGUUGAUCAUUUCUAUAAGAAACUGCCUCCUCUGUCUUACCCUAAAAUGGACUUCACAAUAUCCAACUUACAGGAACGGUUUGAGGAACAACUGAGAAUUGAGAGUUGUGAUUCAGUGACUAUUAACUCUGUGGAGGCUAUUAAACCACUCACUGAGGGCAAAAUACAAGCGAGAGCUGUGUUGGAUAGUCUCCGCUCUGCCUGGCAAAAAGAUCUGCUCCAUGCACUGCAAGACUCAAAGAGCCAACUGGAAAAGAUGUACAAGAACGCUCGCCCACACCAUUUAUAUCCUUACCUGUGCCUGCUGGAGGAUGAGCAAUACGUGGAGAUUAUGUUACAAAUUUUGAGCAGGAUUCCACCUACGGGAGAAUCAUUCUUUUACAUCUGUCGAAAUAUUGGCUUGAAGAUCUACAGUAAGUUCUUUAUUCGCCAACAGUUGCAGGGCGAUCAGAUGGAUAGGAUCCGGUUAGUGUACAAGGAAUAUUGCAAGUUGCUCUCCAAGGAGGGAAAGAUUUCUGACUUUCUUCCUCGGGAAUUGUGGGAAAAUGUGGUAUUUGAAACCUUUGGAGGCACAUCUGUUUUUAGGACCAACUCGCCUUGGCCACGCUUUCUGUUGAUGCAGUUGGGCACACACCUAGGAGAUUUAUUGGUUAAGACCAUAAAAAUAAAAAAUAACUUGUUGAGCCCUCGCUGUGAUCCCAAACUUAUUCCAGUGCUCUACCACAUAUAUUCCUUCCGAACCACACAACAGGUUGGGCUUAUAAAACCACACCCAAUUUACAGCCAAAUCCUUCAGGACGCAGAAGAAACACUUUUGACGUUUGAUGCUGCUGUUAUGCCAAUGAAGUGUCCCCCAUUACCCUGGAUUUCUCCUCAAUUUGGUCCCUAUUUAUUGUCUCCUGCACAACUUAUGCGCUGCAAUGAGGGAGUAGUACAGCAUCAGCUGCUGCUGGACAAGUGUCCUACAGGCCAACUCUACCCAGUGCUGGAUGCAAUUAAUCAACUUGGAGCAUGCCCAUGGCGCGUUAACCAACCUAUUCUGGAUAUUAUUAUUUCGAUCUUUAAUGAUAAAGGCAAUGAUAAGCUGGACAUUCCACCACCUUUAUCUGAAGCUCCUGUGGUUCCAGGGCUGUUAUCUGGGAUGGUGAGCUCAUUGGAAAGAUAUGCACAUCAGAAAGAGCUGGCACGUUGCCGAAAGAAAGCAAGUGAGAUGUACAGCCUGCGAAUGUAUGCACUUUAUAAUCUGUCUAUCGCCAAUCAUUUGCGAGACCAGAUAUUCUGGUUCCCACACAACAUGGAUUUUCGGGGCCGCACCUACCCCUGUCCUCCGUAUUUUAAUCAUUUGGGUAGCGAUGUGACCCGGGCAUUGCUACUGUUUGCUGAAGGCCACCCACUUGGGCAAAAAGGCCUAGAUUGGUUGAAGAUCCAUCUCAUCAACCUUACCGGGUUCAAAAAGAGAAGCUCACUUCAACAGAGGAAAGAGUAUGCUGAUGAAAUUAUGGAGGACAUUUUGGAUUCUGCUGAUCACCCAUUAACUGGUAGGAAAUGGUGGAUGGAGACUGAUGAGCCUUGGCAAUCCCUGGCAUGCUGCAUGGAAAUUGCAAACGCUAUACGUUCCCCGGAUCCCGCCAAAUACAUAUCCUACUUCCCUGUGCAUCAGGAUGGUUCAUGUAAUGGCCUCCAGCAUUAUGCUGCCCUUGGAAGGGAUGAAAUUGGAGCAAAGUCUGUGAACUUGAUGCCAUGCGAUACCCCCCAAGAUGUUUACAGUGAGGUUGCUCAAAAGGUGGAGGAACUGCGCCAAAGGGAUGCCAAGAGAGGAAUAAAGAUUGCUCAGGUCCUAGAAGGCUUUAUUGGGCGUAAAAUAGUAAAGCAGACAGUAAUGACCGUAGUCUAUGGUGUAACUAAAUAUGGAGGGCGUCUUCAGAUUGAAAAGAGACUCCGUGAGACAGACUCCUUUCCACAGGAAUACAACUGGCAAGCCUCUCGUUAUUUGGUCGAGCAAGUCUUCAGCAGUCUAAAAAAGAUGUUUACUGGCACAAGAGAGAUUCAGUACUGGCUGACAGAAAGUGCUCGUAUGAUCUCAAAGUCAGGAAAAGCUGUGGAGUGGGUAACACCCCUGGGACUACCCAUAGUUCAGCCUUAUCACCAGAGUAAGAGUAUUAUGGUCCAAAGUAAGUUGCAGGUGUUACAUGCGCCCAACAAAAAUGAUGUUUCUGAGAAGCCCGAUACCAUGAAGCAGAAGAAUGCUUUUCCUCCAAACUUUAUUCAUUCUUUGGAUUCUACACACAUGAUGCUCACUGCUUUGCACUGCUAUGCGCUUGGGCUUACUUUUGUGUCUGUCCAUGACUGUUUCUGGACCCAUGCAGAUACCGUGGAUCUAAUGAACAAGGUUUGUCGGGAACAGUUUGUGUCUCUGCACAGUCAGCCAAUUCUAAAGGACCUUUCAGCGUUCAUGUUACAGAAAUACUGCCAUGGGGCACUGUAUGCCACCGGAGGUCGCUGUGGGGACAUGAAUGGAGUGCACACAUUGUACACUGUAUACAUUGUAAAUUUUAUUUCCAAAAAGUUCACAGUGUUCAUCCCUAGAACAGCAGAAGUUGAAGAGUCUCUUCAACCUUAUACCAGCGACCGGUACAUUUACGCUGCAUAA